CGCCUGUGCAGCGGCAGCGGCAUUAUCAUCUGCUACGGUGCUUAAGCGCGGCGCCAGGCAAGAAAAGUAAGCCGCAGCUAAGCGCGCUGGAGGAGGAGGAGGAAGAUGGCGGAGUCGGGGCCAACGCGGACGUCUCCCUUGUACCCACGGGCGUCAGCUGUGGAUGGAUUUCUGAAAACUGAUGAAAGGCAAAGACUAGCCAGAGAAAGAAGAGAAGAAAGAGAAAAAUAUCUUGCUGCCAGAGAGCAGCAAAUCUUGGAAAAAGAAAGGAGAGCAAAACUGCAGUAUGAAAAGCAAAUAGAAGAACGAUGGAGGAAGCUGGAAGAGCAGAGGCAGAAGGAGGAGCAAAAGCGAGCCGCUGUUGAAGAAAAGCGAAGACAGAAACUCAGAGAAGAAGAGGAGCGAUUAGAGGCUAUGAUGCGGAGGUCUAUGGAGCGAAGUCAGCAGCUGGAGCAGAAACAGAAGAGAUGGUCGUGGGGAGGAGCACUGGCUGCAGGCUCAGGCGAGAGAGACGGUGAAUCAGAAAAUACCCCACCCUCUCUAGCUUUAGCUGCCAACACCCUUCUUCCAGACCCUGUGGCCUCAACUGCUGCUGCUGAUCCCUCCAAUGCAUGUGACAAACUUUCAGCUUCUACAAUGAAUCUGCCAAAGCAAAUGGAGUCGCCUAUCAAUAAGCGCCUCUCCUCCUCCACAGCAACAAUAACAUAUUCCCCUGACAGAGCUCAUCGCAUGCACCUUAGUCCAAUGGAAAACUUUAUUAUUUCUCGACUAUUGACUCCCACACAAGCUUCUUUAGCUAGAAGCAGAAGUACAUUAAUGCUUUCUGAGCAGUACAAUGAUCCAGUAUUCCAUAUCUGUCCUCGUGUAGCACCAGCUAGCCCUCUUAAAUCCCCUUACAAGCCUUCCCCCACUCGAAGUGUGGAGAAAAAGAAGGCUGCUUCUGCUUCUACACCAGAUGCAAUGAAGGGAGCAACUGCAGCUGAAGUGCCGCAGAAUGAAAAGAAAAAGAAAGAGAGAAGGCCCACAACACCAGGCACAUCAUCUGGUUUGGGAUCUCCUCUUAGAAGAUCUGAUUCUCCAGCAGCCAUGUCUAAGCGAUCAGCUUCACCUGCAACUCCUAAGACAAUCACAAAGACUUACCCUCAGUCUCCCAAAACUACUAAACAGUAUCCAGCUUCUCCUGUGAAACACCGUGCCUUGGGAGAAACACCUAAAAAAAGAGCAGAAAAACAUAAGGACAAUCAGAGGGAGAAUAUUAGCCAGAAAACCCAAGCAUCACCUGCUGAAGAGGCUGUAUGCCAAGCUGUUGCUGAAAAAUCUGUGCCUUCUGCAGGAAAGACUGAAAGCAAUGAAGGGAAACUUGCAGCAGGGACUACUGAUGCUGAGGAAGCUACACGAAUUCUAGCAGAGAAGAGGCGUCAGGCUCGCCUCCAGAAAGAACAAGAGGAAAAAGAAAGACAGGAGAGAGAGACACGUGAAAGGCUAGAGAGAGAACAACUGAAAAGAAAAGAAGAAGAAGAGAGGGUUCGACUGGAGGAAGUGGCCCGUAAAAGAGAGGAGGAAAGAAGGCGUGAGGAGGAGGAGGCCAGGAGAAAAGCAGAAGAGGAAGCUAGAAGGCGAGCCGAAGAAGAAUGUUUACUAAGGGAAAAACAAGAAAAGGAAUUACAGGCUAUGCUUGAGAUGCAGAAAGAAGCAGCAGAAGCAAAAGCCCGGGAAGCAGCUGAACAUCUGCGUCUGGAAAGGGAACAAAUUAUGCAGCAGAUAGAGCAAGAAAGACAGGAGCGAAAGAAGAGAAUAGAUGAAAUAAUGAAAAGAACAAGAAAAAGUGAAACACCAGAAAUCAAGAAGGAAGACACAAAACCAGAUGUGCCGUCAACCCUAAAUGUGGACAGACAGCCAAAGCCACUUGCUAUCAGUCAAGCAGAAAUGAAUGGACUGGCAAACUGCAAAGACGAUAAAGGCCUAGGAUGUGCUGUGCCUGACUCUUUUCCUCAUGAUGUAUUUUCUAAUGGACUUAAGCCACUUAUGAGCCUUAUUCAACUGGAUGCAAUGGAUGGGAAAUCUAACAGCAUGGAUGAUUCAACAGAUGAAGUUCAGUCUAUGGAUGUGAGUCCUGCUUCUAAAGAAGAGCUCAUAUCUAUCCCUGAGUUUUCACCAUUGAAUGAAAUGAUGCCUGGUGUUUCUUUAGACCAAAAUGGAUCAAAUAAUGGGAAGGCUCUGGAAGAACUACUAGAUUUCACUGGCCAAGCCACUUACCCAAAAUUAUCAAGUGAAAGUAUUAGCAUAGAUGAUUGUAAUAAAAACUUGAUUGAUGGAUUUAACAGUCCAGGACAGGAGACAAGUCUCAAUACCUUGUGUUGACAAACACACUACUACUUGGCAAUAAGAGGAUGUUGGUGAAUAUAGAACACACUCAAUGCUGCUGUCAGUAAAAUAAGAGCUUGUCAUUUUAAGAAGCUGCUGCAGUCCACAACACUGGAUAUCAUGUUACUCUGCACUGAAUUUACUGUCUUCCCAUGUGCAUUGUUGAGUAAUUAAUCAUUUUGGUAAAGAGUGGAAUCUUCAGUUUUAAGUGGUUUCAGGGAACAUUUGUGGGAGUUCUUUGUUUAAAAGUUGAGCUGCUAAAAACAUGGAUAUUAAAUAUAUAUUUCAGUGGGCUCCCAAGUGAGUCCACUCAUUUAUUUUAAAUCCAUUUUAGUUUUGUUGUUGAAUUGUUAGGCUUUGUUCGUAAAUGCACAUUAGACUGAAAUAGCAGUUGUUGUGUUUGCCAUGUGCCUACUUUUUCAGUUUUUUUCCUUGAGAAAAAAUAAUUUUAAAUGCCUUUCAUGACAGGUGUUCCAUUGCAAAUCUCAAGCUGAAAAGGCUUGAACAAAAUAUGCAACUGCUGGAAUCCAAGAGGCUUUCUUGUAGAUAGUGGAGCAUUAGGGUCAUCUCUCCAUAAAAUAUGGCACAUAACCAUUUUUAUUUGUAUUAUUUUGAUCCGUCAAUAACUUAGUUGGCACUGUACUGGGUACUACUACUAAUAUAAUGCUAAAAGAAAUUAGUGAGAUCAUAUUACAUGGGUCUUUAAGCAUAUUUAAUUUUAACUGUUCGUGAAAAAAGACCAAUACCUAAUUACAUGUAUUAUAUAAGCAAUUAUAUCAUGGGGCAAAGCUGAUGAUAUGUUAAUGUUCAAGAGAUAGUAUCUGUGAUCAAUAUCAGGUGGUCUUAAUUCAUGGGAUUCACUAAUAUCCUACAACUCAGCAUCAUAUAAUCAACAGCAAACAGUAUAUAGACAUGGACAACAAGAUAUUAUAAGGCAUAACCGUGAGUGCUGAAAGUUGUACUUGUGCAACACAAUAGCCUAUUAGCCUCUCUCACUCCACAAACAUGUGUAUGAAAAAAGCUCUUAUUGAGAAUGUAUAAACAUUCUAUAAGCUGUACAGAGAGCGUUAUCUGGCCCAUUUAAACAUUUUAAAAUUUAUUGAUUUCAAUGGGAAUGUUAACCACUGACUUAGAUUUCUCUCAUUUGAAAUAAAUGGAACUUAAAAGUGUUUAACUUCGCCUGGUUUGUGCACAAAGAAUUUCAACCUUUGGUGAACUUUUAUGCUGUGCUGCCUAGAGGACAAUUUUGUCCCGUUCUAUACAACAAAGAAGCUAAUGAAACUGGAAACUUUUAUAUAUAGGGGUAUGUUAAAAUGUUAUGUAGCUCUGUUCUUGUGACUCUAAAAAUGCCCCCAGUUGAAAAGUUAAAGUAGUUAAUAAAAGUAUGUAAUGAUAUACACAAAUGCUUACAAUAUUUAUGUUGAUGUAUUUCAGCAAAAAAUACUUCCUUGGUGACUGUGCAGUAUGUUGUAGCAUGGUACAGUGUCUUCCAAGUUAAUUCUGCAAUUUCCCUCUUAAACAAUAAAAACAAACUGAUUGAAUUUGGUUGUGAUACUGUGGUGGUGGUGUUUCUGAAAUGCAACAUCUUGUUUGCUAUUGUGAGUGUUAGAAUAUUUUAGUCUCCUCGUUUCUAUUGCCCCCCCCUUUUCACAUUGUGUGGUGUUUCCAUUUCCAUUGUAACUCAGAGCUAUUUUUAGUCCAGUUAUUUCUGUGAAUAUGGGUUGCAAAUCUCUGGCAGUCCUGCAAGUCUAGCUUUUGUGGUCAGAUUCAACUACAUGGAAACCUAAGUAGUGGAAUGAUUAUGGAAUAUACUGAAAUUAAUCUUGAGAUGUCCAACCAUGAAUUCAUCUGAUUAGAUUUUCAAUAAUGCAGCAGUUCAGUGUCUUCUGACUAAAGAUAUCCAAAAACCUUCACCUAUGACAGUUUAAACUCUGCCUAUGGGUUGUAUCCAAUGUAACACAUGGACAAAGUUCAAGAAUUGCUGGUGUUCCACUAGCACAACCAUCUAGCAUAAUGCAGUCAUAAUGAGCUGGACAAUGGCUUGCACAAGCAGAAUCAAAAUAUUAGACUUGAUAUUUGUACAAGGAUGAAAAGAGAGUUUAUGAAAGCAGUGGAAGCUUUGAACUAAAGGAAUGACACAAUUGGAUACAACCCUUUGAAUUGGUGAGGUAGACAUCGAAGUGGUGUUGCAACCAUAGGUUGGAUAGUCAAAUAUCGUUUUAGCACUUAGAAAUCUGUUCCAAAUUCAUUGAGCAGCAGAUUUUUAAAAAGAACAAAUUGUUUUUAGUAACCAAGUUACAAAAGCAGCAGGUGGCAAACACCAUCUUGUAAGAUGAAUUUCUCAAACAUAGGAGGAGCCCCCUGAUAUAACACGGGUCCUGCUAUUAUACAUACAUGGAUUUUCUUUUAAUGAACAAAGACUUUUUUCUUCAGAAGUUGAUCUAAUGGUGAUCAGUACAAUUAGUCACAAAUCUGUCUCAUACU